GACUAACUUCAUUAUUCACUCAGAGUCAACAAUAUUUCAAAAUCUGUCCCACCUGAAAUUGAUUUACCUAGCUGAGAACAGGCUGUAUCCAACAACAGUGACAACUGCCCCACUUUCAUGCGCUGGAAACAAUCAGGAGUCAGACUUUUCUACCUCACCGCUCAUAGGACAUCCAAAGAUCAAUCAUAUGAGUUGACACACGGCCUUAUCCAACAAGAGUGCUUUGACGCUGGACGAGUGAUCAUCCUCAGCUCAAAUAAUCUCUUCUUCAUUUCUCCAAAGCAGUUUGAGCACUAUGGAAACAUUUCAUGUCUCAACCUGUCAGGGAAUGGGUUUUCGGCAGCACUUAACGGCACAGAGUUCACCUCGCUUCCCAAUCUGACAUACCUGGACUUGUCAUAUAAUAAGAUUGAUCUGGCCUAUGACUACGCCUUCAAUGAACUGAAAAAACUACAAGUUCUAGAUCUCAGUCACAAUUCUCACUACUUUACAGCAUACGGGGUGACACUCAAUUUGAAUUUUACUCAAAACCUGCCUGCCCUAAGAGUUCUGAAUAUGAGUCAUAACUUAAUUUCCACAUUAACAACAAAACGCAUGUACAGCACGUCUUUAACAGAACUUCGCUUUACGUAUAAUUAUCUGGGCACUCUUUGGAAGGAAAAUGAGAACGCCUAUAAGAUGCUUUUCACCAAUCUUACUAAUCUCACAAUUUUAGACAUAUCUUACAACAACAUCACAAAGAUUCCAGACAACGUGUACGAAUAUUUACCACGCAACCUCACCAAACUACUUAUCAACAACAACAGACUCACUGAUUUCAUAUGGGACCGACUGGCACGUUUCCCUCAACUUGAGACUUUAGACUUGAGCUCUAACUCUUUAACUAAUGUAACGGGUUCAGACUCGAACAUCACGCAAACUUUGACAUUCCUUGACUUGAGUCAUAACAACAUUUUCCAGUUGGACGAUGGAUUUCUAAAUGGUGUAAAAAGCCUCAAGUCGCUAAGUCUUAGUGGCAACAAACUGACCAUCAUCAACCGAACCACCUACCAUAUGUGGUCUGGAAGUCAGAUUGAGAGUCUGCUCUUACAGGAAAACCCGUUCCAGUGUACUUGUGAUUCAUUCAAUUUCAUUCUGUGGAUUCAGAGCACUGAUGUAAAGAUCCCUAGACUGUCCACUGCCGUGACGUGUGACACACCAGCAAAUCAGAAGGGUCAAGCUCUGGUGAAAUUUAACAUUAACCAGUGUGUGAACAACAGUGAAGCGUUCCUGAUCUACAUGCUCACAAAUUCCUUUAUUAUCAUUCUUAUGUUUGUUGCAACACUUGUUCACUUGUUCUACUGGGAUGCCUCCUAUGUCCUGCACUACAUGAAAGCUAAGAUUAAGGGAUACAGGUCUCUGAACUCACUUAAAAGUGCUUAUGACGUCUUUGUGAUUUACGACACCAGAGAUCCGCAUGUGACUGAGUGGGUGAUGAAGAACCUGCGAGUGAAACUGGAAGAGGAAGGGGAGAAGCAUCUUCCUCUGUGUCUGGAGGAGCGGGACUGGCCCCCAGGGGUCCCACUCAUAGACAACCUCACGCAGAGCAUUCGAUACAGCCGCAAGACCCUCUUUGUCUUAACAGAGGACUACGUUAAGACUGGGGUUUUUAAGCUGGCUAUGUAUCUGGCUCACCAGCGCCUGCUUGAUGAAAAUGUUGAUGUGAUAGUGCUGCUGAUGCUGGAGCCUGUCCUGCAGCGCUCUCAUUUCCUGCGCCUUAGGAGGCGACUGUGUGGGAAAAGCAUUGUGGAGUGGCCAAGAACAGCUGCUGCAGAGCCUUGGUUUUGGCAAAAUCUGAGGAGUGUGGUGAGAGUAGACAAUCAGGUGAUAUACAACAAGACAUAUUCAAGGUACUUCACCAACAACUGACGCAGGGAUGAAGAUGAGCUGGCUCAAUAAUGUAAAAACUGUUGUUUUCUAUUAAAGCUGAUGCGAUUCUGUACAGUUUUUGUCAAAAUUGUGUUAUAAUCAUCCGCUGAUACAGUCACAUUUACUGAAUUUCUAUAUUUUGUUUGAAAAGGUUUCUGAAUAAAUCAUCACAUUAAUUCUGA